GGGAAUAUCAUGCCAUGUUUUCAUGUUGGUUGUUGGAUCGUUUUGUUGGCUGAUUCUGUUUCUGUUGCAUGUAAUUUGUGUAUUUUGUGUUUUGUUUUAAUAUUAUAGAUCCCUUGAAAUCUUGAGUGCUGCGGUUGAAUUUUUUGAUUUAUAAAUGUGUUUUUAAAUAAAUAAUUCCCGCAUAUUGUACUGAAAAGACAGCUGCUUUUAUUGUGGUUGAACAGUUGAACUUCUUCAACAAUAGCCUUUAGCCUAUUGUGCAAAGUAUAAACAUGGCUGCGAUGACAGCGUCAUUAUCUUCCAGUCGAGUUGUGGCCGCUGCAGAGGAAGAGCUUGAUGAAAGUGGACCACAACUGAUCAAGAAGUUGGAGAGCCAAGGAAUCACCACAGCUGACUUGAAAAAACUUGUGGAGGCUGGAUACCACACAGUCGAAGCCGUAGCGUUUGCUCCCAAAAAAGACCUCAUCACUAUUAAAGGCAUCAGUGAAGCUAAAGCUGAUAAGAUACUGACUGAAGCUGUAAAAUUGGUUCCGAUGGGCUUCACUACAGCGACAGAAUUCCAUCAGAAGAGAUCGGAAAUAAUCCAACUGACUACUGGAUCGAAAGAACUGGACCGACUACUGGCCGGUGGAAUAGAAACAGGAUCGAUAACAGAAAUAUUUGGUGAAUUUCGCACCGGCAAAACUCAAAUCUGUCACACACUAGCUGUCACUUGUCAGUUGCCGAUAGAGCAGGGCGGUGGCGAGGGUAAGUGCCUCUACAUCGAUACAGAAGGCACGUUCAGACCUGAGCGGCUGUUGGCUGUUGCCGAGCGCUACAAACUGACCGGCAGUGAUGUGCUCGACAACGUUGCUUAUGCGCGCGCAUACAACUCUGAUCAUCAGACCAAUCUGCUGCUCACUGCGUCCGCUAUGAUGGCUGAAUCCAGAUACGCUUUGCUGAUAGUGGAUAGUGCGAUGGCUCUGUACAGAACCGACUACUCUGGCCGAGGGGAGCUCAGUGCCCGACAAAUUCAUCUCGCAAGAUUUUUGCGAAUGCUCUUGAGGCUUGCUGAUGAGUUUGGCGUUGCUGUUGUGAUAACCAACCAAGUUGUGGCCCAAGUUGACGGGGCUGCCAUGUUUGCAGCCGACCCAAAAAAGCCUAUUGGUGGAAAUAUCAUGGCGCAUUCUUCAACAACCAGACUUUAUCUUCGAAAAGGAAGAGGAGAGACAAGAAUCUGCAAAAUAUACGAUUCGCCAUGUUUGCCAGAAUCAGAAGCCAUGUUUUCAAUCAAUGCCGACGGGGUGGGUGACCCCAAAGAAUAGCAGUCCUCAUCAUGCGCAUGCGUCAUUCGGCAAUGUAUAGUUUUUAAUUUUAGUUGUUUGAUUUUGUAUUUUAUCAAAUAUUAAUUUUGUAUUUUGACAAUGUAUCAUGUACAGCGUCUAAACUUAUUUAUAUAAUAUUGUUGAGUAUUGUUAAAAUUAGUGUUUCAGUCAGUUUAUUUGUAUCUCGAAAUUUUCUCUUGGGUUACUACAGCAUAUACUGUGAACUCACCUAUUUUGUUUAUCAAAUUUUUUGAAAAAUUUGCAGCUUCAUGUACAGCGUCUAAACUUAUUUAUAUAAUAUUGUUGAGUAUUGUUAAAAUUAGUGUUUCAGUCAGUUUAUUUGUAUCUCGAAAUUUUCUCUUGGGCUACUACAGCAUAUACUGUGAACUCACCUAUUUUGUUUAUCAAAUUUUUUGAAAAAUUUGCAGCUUGAAUUUAUGUUUGUAGACGUUUAUUUAUGUGGUUAAUGUAUAGCUGAGCUGACAUAAAAAAGUCUCCAUUUAUUAUAAUGUGUUUGAGAGGCUCGAAAUUGCUCUAAUAAUAUGUAUGUUAUAAUAGUCAAUAGUCAGUAGGAUUGAACAGAUAAACUUUUCUAUGUCAUAUUUAGUUUAUUAGUUAAAUUCUUCUAAAGUUUGUUCUUCUUUCGGCUGUAGUUUUCGAAAUUUAAUUUCUCUAUGACUCAGUCAUUGGACUGUCAUUUUUUAGGAAUAGGUAAUUUAUGAGACAGAGAUUUAUAAUUAUUUUUGUACUCUGUUGUUAGUAUUGAAUAUUUGUCUGACCAUACCAUUUAUCAAGGCCCAAACACAAGCUGAAGGGACUUGUGUUAUUGACCAUGAAAAUAAAGUUUAUAUAAGAUAUUUCUUAUUCAGGAUUCCAUUAUCUUGUGGGUCAUUGCUUCCUUUUUGUAUUCAAAUA